UUUACAUUUCCGAUGAUGUCAUUCAGAAGGUUACAGAGAAGUCUUUUGGCAUUUUGCCUAUUUGCAUCAACCAUGUCUCAGCCAACUGGAACUGAUUUGGCCACUCAGGCUGUUUCUCAGGGCGCCCAUUUGUUCUCUACCAAUUUCGUCAAGACUGUUGCGAAAGAACAGAAUGAUAAUUUGAUAUGUUCUCCACUGAGCGCACACAUCGCCCUGAGCAUGGCAGCUGACGGCUCUGCUGAAGCAACUGAGGCACAGUUCAAAGAUGUUCUCAAGCUUCCGUCCAAAACUCAGACACUUGAAGGAUACCAGAGUCUGAUCAAUAAAUUGAAUAAUGUGGAGAAUGUUACUUUAAAACUCGCUAACAAAAUGUUCAUCAACGAAAAUUUCAACGUGAAACCUGAGUACAAGCAAAAUCUCCAAACAUACUAUCAUUCUGACAUUGAUUUGGUAAAUUUCGCCGCAAGUGAGAAAGCCGCGACCACCAUCAAUUCUUGGGCCAAGGAAAACACCAACAACCGCAUCGACAACGUCGUUGCUUCUAGUGAUUUGUCUGCUGAUACUGCAUUGGUGCUCGCAAACGCGGUGUACUUCAAGGGCAAAUGGGCGCACGAGUUCGAUCCUAAGUCUACCACGGACCGUCCGUUCCACAUUGAUGCCAACACUGUGAAGGAUGUUCCAACUAUGUACAGGAAGGGCAACUACAAAUUCGUCGAGUUGCCGGAAUUCGAUGCUAAAUGCAUCGAGCUGCCGUACGCGAACAAAGAGAUCAGCAUGGUAAUUAUUCUACCCAAUAAAGUUGAUGGUCUAGCUGCGCUGACUGACAAGCUCGAGGAGGUUAGCACAGAAUGCAGCACCCGUCUCACCCAAAUGUACGAACGCGAAGUCCGAGUGUACCUGCCCAAGUUCAAGACCGAGAGCAAAUUGGAUCUUAAAGAUACAUUGUCUAAUAAGAUGGGUCUUACUGAACCGUUCAGCAACAGUGCUAACUUUAAAGGCAUUUCGGAGACACCUGUGAAGAUCGACAAAGUUGUGCAAAAAGCUUUCAUCGAAGUUAAUGAGGAAGGUAGCGAGGCUGCCGCCGUCACUGCUCUAAUAUUUAAAACUUCUGGCGGAAAUAAGAAAAUUUUAGAAUUUGAUAUAAGUCGACCUUAUUAUUAUUAUAUUCGUCAAAACAAGGAGACUUCAUUCGUAACUUUAUUUGCGGGUAGUGUAGCUGAACCAACAAUAUGAAAAAUAUUACUCAGAUGACAAUUGACGAUUUAGAAUAUCUAAAUCUAUCUACUUCUUUUUUUUUUUAAGCAAUAGUUAUGUUUCAGUAACAGUUUUAAUUUUUUAAGCUUUUAGCUUAAUAAUUAAAAAAUCGUUAGAAUUUGAUGUAAAUUUGCCAAUUUUAUUAUUACAUUUGUUAUAACAAACGUUGUAAUAAGAGAUUAUUUGCAUCUGUAUUCAAAGACUAUGUAAUUUUAUGAAAGCACGAAAAGAUUUUAAAAAUUUAAUGUUUAAUGCGUUUAAUAUUUAUCAAAAAUCUAAAAUUAUAAAGUAGUAAUAACAAAUUUGUUACUUUUAUUUUUAUUUUUAUAGCUUUAUUGUCUUCAUAGCUUUAUUGUCUUUAUAUGAGAAUUUUCUUAAUCAAAUUACCUUAUUGUAAUUAUUUUAGCUGAGCAUUUUUACAUCGAUUUUUAACAACUGAAACUUAUAAAAUAUGAAACUAUUGAUAUUGUAUAAUAUCUUAUUCUUAUUUGCAAAUUAAAUGCAUUGAUUAAUGGCAAUUAAUUUAUAUUAUAUGUUCUAAACUAUUUCUAUAUAACUAUUCAAAAAAAUAUUUGGUAGAAUAAUUAACAAAAAAUCAUAUACAUGUUGUAUUUAAGUUUGGAGCACCAUCAAUAAAAUAUUUAUACGUUUGUAUCGUGAAAAAAAAUGGAAUGCUCCAAUAAAUAAGUAACGAGCAGUA